GCUGUCCUUGUUUGGCAGGGGAUUGGUUUGAGGCAGAUAAUCUUUGUAACUAUUGGUCAUCAGAACUGGAGAGGAGGGGGGCUGUUUAUCCUUGGUGGCUUCAACAGAAUAUUACAGAAUUGCGUUAUGAAGUUCAUACACUCACAUCUUUAGGUUAGUGUUAGAUAACGAUCGUUACACAAUAGCCCUUUCGUUUUUGUUUUUUUCGAUAAACGUUUCGUGAUUUAUUCACUGUCAAUGAAGAUGGUGAAUUGAUCCGAUUCCUGUAGGUUUAGGUUAGUCUAUGCAAUAUUAGAAUAAUGACAAGAUACAAGCGCACCAAAUGACCUUAAAUCUCCCAUAAUUUAACCUAGUGCAGUUCCAACGUGCACAGUUAACUAAUGCAGCCUGCGCAGCUAUAGGCUCCCAACACCUCUUGCACUAAACCAAUUGGUGGAUCUAGCGCGGCUUGUGCAGGAAUAACAAUACUACGCAUGUAUUUUUGGAGACUUUAUGGGACUCGAAACGAUCCGAACAGUGAAGGGGUAAAACCAGGAACGGUGUCAACAACCUUUCUGAACCAUGGCACGGGGAUAUUUAUGAAUGCUCUGAGAGACAACAUCGGGGAAGUGUUUUCUUCCCCUUCUUGAAAGGAAAAGGCUGUUGCCAGUUUGAUUUUCUCCCGUGGUGUCUGUGUGGAGUGUGCCACACACCCACUCCACAACAACGACGGCUUUGGCUUGCAUCUUCCAGUGUUUCUUCUGUCAGCAAGUCCAGCAGAGCUGCAACUCCCCCAGCACCAGCCCGGACGGCAGCCAGGAGCCCUGCCCCAUUGACAUGGUGAAGAUGACCAAGUCGAAGACCUUCCAGGCUUACCUGCCCAGCUGCCAUCGUACCUACAGCUGCAUCCACUGCCGCGCACACCUGGCCAACCACGAUGAGCUCAUCUCAAAGUCUUUCCAAGGCAGCCAGGGGAGGGCCUAUCUCUUCAACUCUGUGGUGAACGUGGGCUGUGGGCCUGCAGAGGAGCGGGUUCUCCUCACAGGUCUCCACGCCGUGGCUGACAUCUACUGUGAAAACUGUAAAACCACCCUGGGCUGGAAAUACGAGCACGCGUUCGAGAGCAGCCAGAAGUACAAAGAGGGGAAGUUCAUCAUCGAGCUGGCUCACAUGAUCAAGGACAACGGCUGGGAGUGACUGGCCCCGCCCCCCUCCCGUGACCCCUCUGAAUUCUCUUAAUUGAACUGCGUGGAGUGGCCGCCGUUGCUCAUCAUGUUCCCACCGCCGCCACCGCCACCACCACCACCACCACCACCACCACCACCACCACACCUCCUCCACCUCUUAAAUGUGAACUCACAACCACACACCGCUCAUCGUGAAAAAACAAAAAAAAAACACCAUGUGAUGACGAUGACUUCGGGAU